CGCCUCUUCACGGCUCUCGACGGCCGCGAGCGGAGCACCCGAGUGGGAGAUGCUACAUCACAUAUAUAAUGCGAUAACAACGACCCCUCAGCAAGCAGUUUGCUCUCAGCUUCACCAUGAAGGUGUUCGUCUGUCUGCUAGCAUUAGCGGUGGUCGCCAAGGCCGGCUACAUCAGUAGCGGAGGCUGGUCGGGCGGUGGUGGUGGCGGCGGCGGUGGCUGGUCCGGCGGCGGUGGCAGUAGCGGCUGGUCCAGUGGUGGCGGUGGCGGCUACGGAGGCGGCGGCGGCUACGGCGGUGGUGGCGGCGGCGGCUGGAAGCUAGGAGGAGGUGGUGGCGGCGGCGGCUGGUCCGGCGGCGGCGGCGGCGGCGGCAGCGGUGGACAGGUGAAAAUCAUCAAGAUCAUCACCACUGGAGGAGGCGGUGGCGGCGGAUACGGCGGUGGUGGCUGGUCUAGCGGCGGCGGCGGCGGCGGCGGCUGGAAGUCAGGCGGCGGCGGCGGUAGUGGCUGGUCUAGCGGCGGCGGUGGCGGCUGGAAGUCUGGCGGCGGCGGCGGUGGCGGCUGGAGGUCCGGCGGCGGCGGUGGCGGCUGGAAGUCCGGUGGCGGCGGCGGCGGUGGCUGGUCCAGCGGCGGUGGCGGUGGCGGCUGGUGGUGAUUUCCUCACUACUAAUGUUAUAGCCAAAUUUCCGACAAUACAGUGAUACCUCCGA